GCAGCCUCUUCCUCCGUCCUCCUACGGGCGCGGGAGUGGUUGUCUUGGUUACGGGUCCUAACGGUCCCCAAUCUGAAAUUCCUUCUGGAGGAGCUGCAACCUGAGUUUCUGUUUGGGGGACGCUUUCAGCUCCUUGAAGAGGCGGCGGUAGUGGCUGGUCCAGCCUUAGACGUGGAGUAGUUGAAUCUUUCCAGAAAAUUGAAAUUGAAUCGGAGAAGAAAACUGAGCCAUAAAAAAAAAAAUAUGUCUCGAAAAAUUGCCAGGGCAUCAAAGAAAGUGAACAUCUCUAGCUCUCUGGAAUCUGAAGAUAUUAGUUUAGAAACAACAGUUCCUACAGAUGAUAUUUCAUCAUCAGAAGAGCGAGAUGGUAAAAUCAAAAUCACCCAGCAACUAAUCGAACGUAAGGAAUUACUUCAUAAUAUUCAGUUACUGAAAAUAGAGCUAUCCCAGAAAAAUAUGAUGAUAGACAACUUGAAAGUGGAUUAUCUUACGAAGAUUGAAGAAUUAGAAGAGAAACUUAAUGAUGCACUUCACCAGAAGCAGCUACUAACAUUGAGAUUAGACAAUCAAUUGACUUUUCAACAAAAGGAUGCCAGAAAAUAUCAAGAACUAAUGAAACAAGAAAUGGAAACUAUUUUAUUGAGACAGAAGCAACUAGAAGAGACAAAUACUCAGCUAAGAGAGAAGGCGGGAGAUAUUCGCCGAAACUUGCGUGACCUUGAAUUGACAGAAGAGCAAUAUGUGAAACUAAAAGAUUUUCCUGAAGACCAGCUUUCUAUUCCUGAAUAUGUAUCUAUUCGGUUCUAUGAACUAGUGAAUCCAUUAAGAAAGGAAAUCUCCGAACUGCAAGUGAAAAAGCAUGAACUAUCAGAAGAAUUAAGUGAAAACAAAGGCCACUUGAAACAACUGACAGAGACUUAUGAGGAAGAUCAAAGAAAUUACUCCAACCUUCAAAUUAGAUGUCAACGUUUGGCUUUAGAAUUAGCAGACACAAAACAGUUAGUUCAGCAAGGGGAUUACCGUCAAGAAAACUAUGAUAGAGUCAAAAGUGAACGUGAUGCACUUGAACAGGAAGUAAUUGAGUUACGGAGAAAACAUGAAAUACUUGAAGCCUCUCACAUAACUCAAGCUAAAGAAAGAAGUGAAUUAUCAAAAGAGGUAACCACCUUACAGCAGACUGUUACUUUGCUGCAAAAAGAUAAAGACUAUCUCAAUCGCCAAAACAUGGAGCUUAGUGUUCGCUGUGCCCAUGAAGAAGGUCGCCUUGAAAGACUUCAGGUUCAACUUGAAGAAGCCAAAAAGGCUAGAGAAGAGAUGUAUGAAAAAUAUGUAACAUCCAGAGAUCAUUAUAAAACAGAAUAUGAAAAUAAGCUACAUAAUGAAUUGGAACAAAUCAGGUUGAAAACUAAUCAAGAAAUUGAUCAACUUCGAAGUGCCUCUCGGGAAAUGUAUGAACGGGAAAACAGAAAUCUCCGAGAAGCCAGGGACAAUGCUGUGGUGGAAAAGGACCGAGCAGUGAUGGCUGAAAAGGAUGCUUUAGAAAAACACGAUCAGCUCUUAGACAGGUACAGAGAACUGCAACUUAGUACAGAAAGCAAAGUAACAGAAUAUCUCUAUCAAAGUAAAUUAAAAUCUUUUGAAAGUGAGCGUGUUCAGCUUAUCCAAGAGGAAACUGCAAGAAACCUCACACAGUGUCAACUGGAAUGUGAAAAAUAUCAGAAAAAAAUAGAGGUUUUAACUAAAGAAUUUUAUAGUCUCCAAGCCUCUUCUGAAAAACGCAUUACUGAACUUCAGUCACAGAACUCUGAGCAUCAGGCAAGGCUAGACAUUUAUGAGAAAUUGGAAAAAGAGCUCGAUGAAAUAAUAAUGCAAACUGCAGAAAUUGAAAAUGAAGAUGAGGCUGAAAGGGUUCUUUUUUCCUAUGGCUAUGGUGCUAAUGUUCCCACAACAGCCAAAAGACGACUAAAGCAAAGUGUCCACUUGGCAAGAAGAGUGCUUCAGUUAGAAAAACAAAACUCGUUGGUUUUAAAAGACCUGGAACAUCAAAAGGAGCAAGUAACACAGCUUUCACAAGAGCUUAACAGGGCCAAUUCUCUGUUAAACCAGACUCAACAGCCUUACAGAUAUCUCAUUGAAUCAGUGCGUCAGAGAGAUUCUAAGAUUGAUUCCCUGAAGGAGUGUAUUACACAACUUGAGAAGGAUGUCAGCAAUUUAAAUAAAGAAAAGUCAGCUCUACUACAGAUGAAGAAUCAAAUGGCAUUAGAUUUAGAACAACUUCUAAAUCAUCGUGAGGAAUUGGCAGUAAUGAAACAGAUUGUCACCAAUAUGCGUAGUAAGCAUUCUGAGGACCAGUUACUUCUUACUAAAACAGAUGCAAAAAAUAUGACAGAGAAUCAUAAAUCAAAGACUUUAAAUGUGCCUAGAGGACACGAAGACAAUAUAUUUAUACCCAAACCAACACUCUUUACCAAAAAAGAAGCACCAGAGUGGUCUAAGAAAGAAAAGAUGAAGACCUAGUGUUUUGGACGGAUUUGCUCAAUCGUUACUACUCCUGAAGUUCUUUCUCUGAUGAACAAAAAAGUUUGUCAUAAUCAUGUACUUGGUGUUUUUUUAAAUGACUAAAGUUUAUUUUAACUGAAGGUUAAAUUAACGGAUUUUAGCAGGAUAAUCAAAAUGUAUGAAGAGCAAACAAUAGUACACUUUGUAUUUGGUUUUAUCUGUUUUGUUACAAAACAAAUAUAUACUCUUCUGAUUUAAAUUUUAGGGUUUUCAUAAUUCUCAAUGCAUUUUUAAAGUACAAGGCUUAUAAAUAUUUGGCUAAAUAUUGUCAUAUUGGUGAGUAUAUUUUCUAACUAUAUAAAU